GCUGCCUCGUCUAAACUCGUAUAAUCUGUGCUCAAUUCAACUCCCCAAAUUCUUCUCGUCGCCCCCAAUGUCAUCAGCAUCUCCUCAGGAGCUCGCUUCACGGCUCAACCAAUCUGGUAAACAACGAAAGAAGCGAUGGGUCACCAGGACUAGAACAGGGUGUAUAACCUGCAGAAUCCGACAUGUAAAAUGCGACGAAACCAAGCCGAGUUGUCAGAGAUGCACAUCUACUGGUCGGAAAUGCGAUGGAUACCAAGACCCGCGCGCCAAGCAGAUCACCCGCCGCAAGGCCGAGUCAGCCCAGCCACAUGGCAUGCUGCAGGUACCAUCGGCGUGGAGUUUUAUUGGCGACAAGCCAAUAGACCAUGAACAUUUCCACUACUUUCAAGUAGUUACUGCUCCCACCUUGACAGGUUUUUUCAACUCAGGAUUUUGGUCAUACACCUUGCUGCAGGUUUCUUACUCCUAUCCGGCUCUAUGGCAUGCUAUCACCGCGCUGGCUUCCUUGCAUAGAGACUUCCUGGAGGAUGUGGCGCCACUUGCAAUUACAAGGGCUUGUAGUACGGCCAGGGUGCGAUUUGGCUUACAGGAACAUACCAAAUCCAUACAGUCCUUGCGGGAGUUGAUGUCGAAGCCGCGUUUGACAAUACACGAUAAGAUGGUCAUUUUAGCAACGUGUGUGAUAUUCAUCUGCCUACUAAGCUUGCAGGGGUUUCAUUCCCAGGCUAUGGCACAUGUUGCCAGCGCUAUGGUUUUAUGUCAGCAGUGGAAUAGAGAUUUCCAGACCCAUUCCCAUGCGUCUGAGGCUAUAGCUUCCGUGAUACUUCUUCUAGCCCAACUCGACAGUCAGGUCCGCCAGAUCUUUCUAGUUCAAGGAUUACCAGUCCCUUGGACAACCCAAUUCAAAUUACCUGCCUUUGAAGGGUGUUUUACGUCCCUCGAUGAAGCACACGUCUCCCUGGAGGUCAAGGUCAACAACAACGCAUUAAAGCUUUUAACAAGUGGCACUGAUAUAUCUGGACCUGAAACACUUGCCAAGAAGGAAGAUUGUCUCCAUGAGUUUCGUCAAUGGAAUUCUAAAUUAGACACAUAUCUUGCCGGCUCACCCCAUGAAAGGGGUACCACAGCCGCGAACGUUCUCUACCUACGCCGUUCUUACGCCACAGUGAUGCUCUCAUUAGACCCAUCGAAGGGCGAGCUCGCCCACGACGAGUUUAUCGAGGACUACGCGCAGAUGCUUGAUCUCGCAAGCAGAAUUCUCGAAUGCUUGAAUGAUUCCUCGACGGAAAAUUCCGAUACAGGAUCGAAACCAACAAAACGGCACUUCAGUGUAGAGAGUACAGUGACAGAGACCCUGUUCCUGAUCGGGGUUCGUUGCCGUGAACCGACCAUACGAGAACGGGCGCUGGAACUCAUGAGACUCUACCCACGUCGCGAAGGCAUGUGCGGCACCAUGUUAGCUCUGAAACUCGGGGAGACGCUUACUGAACUCGAAAGGACAGCAUGUCAAACUUCCCCACCGGGGUCGUGCAGUGAGGGACCAUGGGUGUGUGCUGAUCAUCGGGUGACAAAG